GUGGGGGUGUCCUUGCUUGAUUUUGGGGCACCUCUUGGGGUGCUUGCGGCCCGAUGAGGGGGCACACGCCUGGACCGGGGUUGCCCGUGCGCGGCUGAGCAGUGCGUAGUGGCUCUGGGGACUGUGCCUGCUCUCUAGAUACCAAAAUGAGUACCAUGCUGAGCCAUGCGAUCAGAAACUUCCCUGCCUCCUCAGGAUGGGCUGCCAGGGUCUUUGCUCGGUCGCUCAGCUGCUCGUUGCAGUUACAAGCUGCAGUCCAACCCAAGACUAAGAAGACCUUAUCCAAAAGUGGUGUGAAGAAUAUUGUCGUGGUGGAGGGCGUCCGUACCCCCUUCUUGCAGUCUGGCACCUCGUAUGCCGAUCUUAUGCCACAUGACUUGGCAAGAGCAGCUCUGCAGGGGUUGCUGAACCGCACCAGCGUCCCACGGGAUGUUGUGGAUUACAUUGUGUAUGGCACAGUUAUCCAGGAGGUGAAAACCAGUAAUGUUGCUCGAGAGGCUGCCUUGGGAGCAGGUUUCUCUGACAGAACUCCAGCCCACACAGUUACUAUGGCUUGCAUUUCUUCCAACCAGGCUAUGACCACAGGUGUGGGUAUGAUCGCAGCUGGGCAGUGCGACGUGGUCGUGGCAGGGGGUGUGGAGCUGAUGUCAGACGUCCCCAUUCGUCACAGCAGGAAGAUGAGGAAGACCAUGCUGACCCUGAACCGAGCCAAGACCCUGGGCCAAAAGCUCUCCUUGCUUUCCAAAAUCCGCCCUGACUACUUUGCUCCUGAGCUCCCAGCUGUGGCAGAGUUCUCCACCAGCGAGACGAUGGGGCACUCUGCUGACCGUCUGGCCGCUGCCUUCGCCAUUUCCCGUUUGGAGCAGGACGAGUACGCCCUCCGCUCACACACCCUGGCCAAGAAAGCCCAGGAUGGAGGCUUGCUGCUCGAUGUGGUACCCUUCAAAGUGCCAGGCAAGGAUACAGUUACCAAAGACAACGGCAUCCGUCCUUCCUCCAUGGAGCAGAUGGGCAAGCUGAAGCCAGCUUUUGUCAAGCCUUAUGGAACUGUCACGGCAGCCAACUCCUCCUUCCUGACAGACGGCGCUUCAGCGAUCCUGCUGAUGUCUGAGGAGAAGGCUCUAGCAAUGGGCUACAAACCAAAGGCCUACCUAAGGGACUUUGUGUAUGUGUCUCAGGACCCAAAGGACCAGCUGCUACUGGGCCCAACGUAUGCUACUCCCAAAGUUCUAGAGAAGGCUGGUCUGACCAUGGCUGACAUCGACGUGUUUGAGUUCCAUGAAGCCUUUGCUGGGCAGAUCUUGGCUAACCUGAAAGCGAUGGAUUCGGACUGGUUUGCCCAAAACUACAUGGGCAGAAAGUCCAAGGUUGGAGCCCCUCCUCUGGAGAAGUUCAAUAACUGGGGGGGUUCCCUCUCACUGGGACAUCCCUUUGGUGCCACAGGCUGCCGCCUGGUGAUCACUGCGGCUCACCGGCUGAAGAAGGAGGGGGGCCAGUAUGGGCUGGUUGCUGCCUGUGCUGCAGGAGGGCAGGGCCAUGCCAUGAUAGUGGAGCUCUACCCUCAGUAAGAGGACUGCUGAGGGGCUGCUCAUCCAGCACGCGCCUGGCGAUGCCAUUUCAAUGCACUAACGAGAACGUAACAAUCCUUCUUGGCAAGGAGUUUUGGUGGCCUUUGUAAAUGCCUUUUGUCUACUCAGUUGGUAAUUUUCAACUAGCAAACAUGCUGCAAGAAAUAAUCCACUUCCAGAGUGAGCAAAAACUUCCUGUGGCUCUUAGUCUCUCCAGGGUCCUUGCCUCCAGAGAUCUGAUUUCUGCUGUCGCUCUUGAAUGAGAAAGAUUUCUGUCCCUGAAGAAUUAAAAUGAGAGUGAGCUUCAGAGAUGAGGAGACUGUAAAGUGCUGGAGGUUGGUGAGGAUGAGCUAAGGUGGCCUUAUGGGGAGCAAGCUCUUGUCUCAGAAGGAUUCAAACAGAGUUGUCUGACGUGGUUUUGUAGAGAGGGAGUCG